AUGACGACAGACAAGCCAGGAACGGAGCGGAGGAACGGAGCGGAGGAACCUUCGGAGACUGUGAAGUCGUAUCUAAACCAAAUCGAUGGAGGAACAUUGGGUGGAGGAAUCGAAGGCGAAGCUGAAGUGGAAGAGAAGGCGGAUGAAUCUACGGAGGAAAGGGUUCAUCCGAUUGGUUAA